GCAAAUGAUUUCCCUUUUCUCGCCGGCGCAUCGUUCUUAAGCCCAAUCUCGCAGAUCAAAUCUCUCUCUGUUCAUCCUCAUCACCGCCAUCGCCAAAGACGCCAAAGCUUUGGAUUGUGAUCCCUCCCACCUGACGAACAGUGCUGGACGAUAUUCUGGCCUGGAAUCCAUGGUGAUGCCUGAGAGGCCUUCCUAAUAGUAGUCGAUCCGAUCAGAUGGACAAAAACAAGAACCGAACGGAUCUCUUAGCCGCCGGCCGGAAAAAGCUUCAACAAUAUAGGCAGAAAAACAAAGGCAGCAAAUCCUCAGGCAAACCCAACAGAUCUGGGAGUGAAGCAUCCACAGAUCCUGCUAAUGUUCUACCUGAUACACAACACAUUCCUGGUCCACAAAGACCUUUAGACUGCAUCAGUCAUGAUGUCUCUUUGUCAGAGUUACAUACUAUAGAGGACCCUGUGGGCUCUACUACUAUUCUUCCACCGGUAGAGGAGUCAGAGAAAUCUGAAACAAACGAAUCAUCCACAGGAAUCAAUGAACUGGAAAUGCAGACAGAUCCUAGUGUGCAUGCUGGGGAUCCUUGUGUAGUUGAAGUUUAUCAAACAUUAGUUGAUGAUGUAAGAUAUGCUAAUACGGAGCCAGCCCCUCUUGAAUCUGAAGCGAAACCUACCUAUUCAGUACGGAACGAUCCUGAUGACUUGCUUUCUUACCCCGAUUCAGGCAAUAAUACCAAAGCACUUGCUCACGGGGUUGAUGUGGAACGGCUGACUGACAUAGAUCAGGAGCCUUACAAUCCAGAUCCAGAGCAAGUUGGUGCAAAGAGUGAUGUAGAAGUUGAACUAGAGUGUAAGCAUUCUGUAAACGAGUUUGGUGGCCAUGUCAGUGAUCGGGCAACACCUGAUGUAGGGGAGAAUGGACUUACAAUGGUACAGAAUGAAACAACCUAUCCCACAGAGAUAAAUGAUUUUAAUUUAAUUUCAAUAGAAUCUAAAGAUGCAGAAGAGAGUGAUAGACAUUCAAUUCCACUUGAUUCGUCGCAUGAGGCAGUAUCUGCUGUAAGUUCUCAAGUGGUUUGCGGCCAGAAUGAAGGUGUUUCAACUGGUUUGCCAAGUGGGGAGAUUAUACAGAUCCAUUGUGUUUCAACUGAUUAUGAUGGUGGCCACAUGGAUAGGGUUAAUCCACAUGCUUCUGUUAAUAAAGAAAAAUUGGUUGGGUUUUCAUCUUCCCAAAAUGCUUGUUUAAUCAACCUGUCACAGCUUGCAGAUGUUGUAAGAAGCCUUGAUGAAGACGAGUUCAAGUUCUUGUUCAUGUCUAGAGAUUCAGCUGUGUCUGGAUGCACGUCCAGCCUUUUUGAUGCUUAUGAGAGUGUGAAGGAGAAACUAUACCUUGCCAAUCUUGUAAAAGAUUUCAAAUCUUUACAGCUUGUUGAAGAAUCAGAGUUACAAAUAUCAGAUGUCAAUGCAUUAAUGAAUGAACUUGAAGACAAGAAUGAAAUGCUUGCUAAUGAGCUUGAACAAGUUAGGUCUAAAUUUCAGGUUGUUAUUGCUGAAAAGGAGGAACUUCAUAAACUCCUGCAAUUGUCAAAAGAUGAGGUUGUGGAUCUUUCUGCAAGAAUUGAUGAGUUACAAAUUAGAUUAAGCAUGCCACAUGAGGACCUUUUCCACCUCUCUGAGGAAUUGGCUAGCUGCAGAAAUUUGGUCUCAUCUUUAGAGGUUGAAAACGAAAAAUUAAGUUCUAAUCUCGAUUUUCUAUCCAAGGAGAAUAUGAAGCUUCAGGACGAGAAGGAAGACUUUGUGAUUGAAAAUGAGAAAUUAGGAAUGGAGUUGGCACAGUGCAGAAAUUCAUUUAUUUCAAUGCAGUUAGAAAUUCAAGAUUCUAAUGAGAAUCUCACUUUAUUGAAUGAGGAGAGAAGGAAGCUUGAAAUGGAAAAGCAAUAUUUUGUCUGUGAGAAUGAUAAACUGAUUGCUGAAGUAGCCGAUUGCCAAAAAACUAUAAAAGCCCUUCAGGCAGAAAAAACAAGCUCAAAUGAGCUUUUGGCAUUGGUAACUGAAGAAUCAAAAAAGCUUUUAGAGGAAAAACAAUCUUUGCUCAAUGAUAAUGUGAAUCUCGUAGCAGAGUUGAGGGAAAGCAAGGUUUCAUUGGAAGCUCUUCAGAUGGAAGUUUUUGAAAAAAGUACACGCCUCACCUCUUUAAUAGAGGAAACAGUUAAGCUUGAGAAUGAGAAGCAACAUAUACUCAUUAACGAUGAAGAACUAUUGAGGGAACUGACUGAAUCAAAAACCUUGGUUGCUUAUAUGCAAGCACACUGUAGUGCAGCUGUAGAUGACCUGAAGAGUGCAAGUUUGCAACUUGGACAAUGGACUGAAGAAAAUCUGCACAUGAGCAGUAGUUUGCAAUUACAGAAGUCCAAUAUCAAAGAUUUUGAAACCCAAAACAAGUCACUCUCUCAAUCUAAUGGAAGUCAAUUUUCUGGUGACCAAUAUGCAGUCCAAGCAGAAAAUGUUUUUCUUCACUUCGAAUUUAUCCAAAGAUAUCUUGAUGGUGCUGAAAGGGAACUUGAGAAACUUGAUAAGACUGUUGAGGUGAUUCACUCACAUUCUGCAUCCUUGCGCAAUUCUUGUGGUGAAGUGGUCACACCCAGAAUAUCUAAACUCAUUCAGGCUUUUGAGUCAAAAGUUCAUGCAGAUGACUGUGUGUCCGAGGAUCAACAUCAGUCAGGAAAUCAAGUAGUUGAAGACCUCAGUGUGCUUACUAAGCAGCAAAUACAAAAUCUAAGAGCAUUGCUUAAGGAUGUACUUCUAGAAUCCCAAAAUGCUUUCAAAUUAUUUGAAGGUGAAAUGAAGAAUAAACUUCAUACAAACACUGUGUUUGCAGAGCUGAAUGCUAGAUAUGAGUCUGUAAUUGAGCAUACAGAUCAUUUGGAACAUACAAACAUAGUGCUCAUGGUUCUUAAUGAAACUUUUGGUCAGUAUGCUAACAAUGCCAUAUCAAAGGAAGGAGACUUUAUGGCUCUUUAUGACUCCCUGAAGAAAGAUCAAGUAACAUUGAAGGCAGAGAACAGUCAUCUCAGAGAAGAGUUGAGUAACUUUCAAACCAAAACUAGUGAAUUGCAGUAUCAAGUGGAAGCGCUUAAGAAGGAAGUGGCUGACAAGGAUUCAAUACUGGAAGAGGAAUGGAAUUCUCUUGUUGCUGAGGUUGUGGAGAUACUAAGUAAGCUAGAGCUGUCUACUGUACCUUCUAGCUCCUCUUUGUUAACUGUAAGAGAAACAGGAUUGGACCGUCCCUCCCUGAUAAGCCAUAUUUCUUUUUCAGUCAACAAUGCCAUUAAAAUGAUUGAAGCUCUACAGUCACAAACUGAAGCUGCUCGCUCUUCUCAAGAAGCAGCUGUCAGUAGCUUCAUUGAAAUGCAUAAAAGGUUUGAUGUCCUACAAACAGAGAAUGAAAUGAUAAAUGGUCAAAUUAAUAGGGUCUACAAGAAUCUUAUUGAAAUUGUCAACGAGAGGCCUGAUCAAGUAGGUGAAGCUGAAAUUAACAUAAAAAAUGAGAGACCGAUAGAUCCUUUGCUUCCUGGUGUUUUUGAUGCUGUUUUGGAGCAGUUGCAGAAGCUAAAUAGUGAACGCCUGCGACUUGAGGCUACAAGUUCUGAACUAAUUUCAGAAAUGGACAAACAAAAGGACCUUACUCUUGCUCUAUAUUUGUUCUUGGCUGUUUCACUGUAUUCUUUACAUUCUUUUGAGCUGGGAUCUUUUGGAAAAUCCUCUCUGCAUAGGCGUAAGGUAAAGCUGCUCGCUGAUAGAGAUGCCUACAAGGAAAAGCAAAUGAUUAAUUUGCAAAAAGAGAUGGAUCAGCUCAGUUUAUUAUACACCCAAUUUGAAAAUGAAAAUUUCAUCCUCAAAGAAAGCUUGAAGAAACUCAAGGAGGAUGCCGUGGCUCUCAACUCACAACUAAAUAAUAAGGUUUUUGAAACUGAGCAGUCUGAUCAGCGUGUGGCAUCACUGAGAGAGAAGCUUAGCAUAGCAGUUGCAAGGGGGAAAAGUUUGAUUGUACAGCGUGAUGGUCUUAAACAAUCUCUUGCAGAGACGUCUAGUGAACUAGAGAAGUUCUCACAGGAAUUGCAUUUGAAAGAUUCCAGGAUUCUCGAACUCGAGAUAAAGCUCAAGACCUAUUCAGAGGCUGCUGAACGGAUGGAAGCUCUAGAAUCUGAACUCUCUUACAUUCGAAACUCUGCUACUGCAUUACGUGAAUCAUUCCUUCUUAAAGACUCGGUUCUCCAGAGAAUAGAGGAGAUCUUCGAAGAUUUAGAGCUGCCAGAACACUUCCAUUCCCAAGGCAUUCUUGAAAAAAUUGACUGGUUGGCCAAGUCAGUUUCUGGGAACUCUAUUCUCUCAACUGAAUGGGAUCAUAAAAGAAUCGUUGGAGGAUCUUACCCUGAAGCAGGAACUGGUGUCGGGGAUGGCUGGAAAGAGGAUACUCAAUCAAGUUUGAGCUCUUCUGAAGACCUCAGAGUAAAAUAUGAAGAUCUGCAGAACAAGUUCUAUAGGUUGGCUGAACAAAACGAGAUGCUUGAACAGUCUUUGAUGGAAAGGAACAAUCUUGUUCACCAUUGGGAAGCUGUCCUUGAUACAAUAGAAAUGCCCUCACAGCUGAGGUCUGUGGAGCCAAAUGAUAAGAUUGGUUGGGUUGCUUUUGCGCUUUCAGAGGCUCAGAACUAUUGCAAUUCUCUUCAGCAGAAGAUUGAUAACUUUGAGGUUUUGUUAGAAGGCUCAAAUAGAAGAUUAUUUGAUCUUGAGGCUUCAUUUGAGUCUGCCGUCAAUGAGAAAGAUGUCCUCUUAAAAAAGCUAGAGACUGUUACCUGUGACAAUGAAACAUUAUCAGAUAUGGCUGCCCAAUUCGAAACUGAGAACAAUAAUAUGCAACAUACAAUCAGCUCUUUGCAAGAGAAGUUGGCUGAAAUGCUUGGGAGGGAGGAACACAUGCAUCAUAUUUUGGGGGAGAUAAAAAGAUUGCAAGCUCUUGUUAGAGAUGCUCUUCAUGACAAUGUCAUUGAUGAUCAUCUACCUAGUGUUGAUGGCAUUAAAUAUUUGGAGCAAUUACUGAGGAUGCUUAUAGAUAAAUGUACGCCGAUCUCUUUUAGCAAAGCUGCUAAUGAAGAUGCAGCAGUCGAACGUGUUUUGCAGGUUGAUCGGACUGAAAGUGAACAAAGAGAAAGUGAAUCCAGGUAUGCUGAGGAUAGAGAUGCAGGUACUCCGAACAUAAAGAUGGGGGAUGCUUUUGGUCACAUAGUGUGUUUGAAGGAGGAGAGAGCUAGUUUUUUGGAACAGCAUCAAUCUUUGGUUUCUGAAGUUGAAGCCUUCAAUACAAAAAAGAAAGAAUUGUUGGAACUUCUUAGUCAGGAGGAGCUGAAGAAUCAAUCUUUGGUUUCUAAAGUUGAUGCUCUAACUACACAUAAUAAAGAAUUGCAUGAAUUGCUUAGUCAGGAGGAGCUGAAGAAUCAAUCUUUGGUUUCUGAAGUUGAAGCGUUAAAUAUGAAUAUCAAAGAAUUGCAGGAGCUACUUAGACAGGAGGGGCCAAAGAAUCAAUUGUUGAUUUCAGAAGUGGAUGAUCUAAAUAUGAAAAAUAAAGAAUUGCUGGAAGUCCUUAGUCAGCAGGAGCUAAAGAAUAAAUCUCUGGCUUCUGAAAUUGAUGCUCUGACUACUAAUACGAAGGGAGUGUAUGAACUGCUUAGUCAAGAGGAGCUGAAGAAUCAGUCUUUGGUUUCUGAAAUUGAAUCUUUGAAUAUGAAUAUGAAAGAAUUGCAGGAACUACUCGCACAGGAAGAGCCAAAGAAUCAAUUGUUUAUUUCAGAAGUGGAAGAUCUGAAUGUGAGAAAGAAAGAAUUGCAGGAACUGCUUAGUCAGGAGGAGCUGAAGAAUCAAUCUCUGCUUUCUAAAGUUGAAGCUCUGAAUAUGAAGAUUAAUGAAUUACAAGAACUGCUUAGUCAUCAAGAGGCGAGGAACCAAUCUUUGGCUUCUGAACUUGAAGCUCUAAAUAUGAGUAAGAACGAUUUGCAGGAACAUCUUAGUCGGGAGGAGCUAAAGUCAGCUUCUUUAAGGGAGAAACUUAAUGUUGCAGUUAGAAAAGGCAAGUCUUUGGUGCAACAGAGGGACAGCUUGAAGCAAUCAGUUGAGGAGUUAAAUAUUGAUGUGGAAAAUUUGAAAUCUAAGUUAAAACUCCAGGGAAAUGUUAUUUCAGACUGUGAAGAAAGGAUCAAAGAUCAGUCUGCAUUACAAGAAAAAUUAAAUAGCAUAGAAGCUGAUAAUGUGCUUUUGAGAAAUCGUUUGGGAGAAGCUGAAUAUUCUUUGCAGGAGAGGGAGCAUAUGUUGGACAUUAUAUUGAAUGUUUUCAAUGAAAUCAACCGUGAUUUCCUGUCUACUAUCAGUAGCCCUGUUGAGAAGGCUAAACAUGUUAGCAAUCUCUGCUUAGAUUUACAAUCUGCUGUGGCUGCUUCUGAGCAAGAAGCUAUAAAAUCCAAAAGAGCAGCUGAGUUGCUGCUUGCAGAAUUAAAUGAAGUCCAGGAAAGAAAUGAUGGACUCCAGGAGGAGCUAUCAUAUGCUCUUAGUGAGGUAUCAAGGUUAUCCAAGGAAAUAGAUUUUGCUGACACUGCUAAAAAUGAAGCUAUUGCUAAUCUUGACAGGCUAUCUGCUACCCACCAACAAUUGUCAGCUGAGUUUCUGGUACAAAAAACUAGCGUGCGGGAAAUUAAGGAUGCUCUCUAUUUUGUUAGAAAUUCAUUCCAAGAUGUGCUUUUGAAAGAUUUGGAGAUUUUGCGCAAACUUGCAGCCAACCUAAAGGCGGGCUUAGGAUCAAAAUAUGCCCUGACUGCCAUUCCCCUUAUGGGGAGUGCUGCUCCCCACGGCACUUUCUCUAUUUCAUCCGAAAACAAGGCAUUUGUCGAAGAACUGAGGUCUAUUAGCGAAAUGUUAGAUGAGCACUCCCAACUGGUGCAUGAUGAAGCUAGACACAUAACUGAAUUUUUUGGCAGUAUUCAUGAAGAAAUAACCUUACAAAAACAAUCUUCUGAAUCAUUGAAGAAAGACAUGGAAGGUCUAAAAACUAUUGUGAAGGAGAAAGAUUCUGAAUUGAUUCAGAUGCGUAGAUGCAGUUCGUUGCUUUAUGAGGCAUGCACUAGUGCAACAUUCAAAAUUGAAAACAGGAGAGAACAGUUACUUGAAAAUAAUAUAGCCAGUUAUGCUCCUGGAAAUACUUUGGUAUCCUGGAAACCUGUUGGCGGAGGUUUGACCGAAAACACUGACCUUUCUUCUGAAGAUAACAUUAGGUCUGUGAGUGAGAGAUUGCGUAUAGCUGUGGAGGACAUAAUGAAUGUUCAAGUGGAACUUGUUGAAUUUAACCAAAAGGACAUUAAGGCUGCUAUGUCAAAUCUACAGAAAGAACUUCAAGAGAAAGAUAUUCAACGAGAGAAAAUUUGUAGGGAACUAGUUAGUCAGAUCAAGGAUGCUGAAGCCAUUGCUAGUAAUUACCUGCAAGAACUUCAGUUGACAAAGGUUCGGGUAAAUGAUUUACAGAGAGAUGUGAAGUUAAUGGAAGAGGAGAAAACUAAAUUGGAAGAUAAAACAAAAGAAUUGCAAUAUCAGGGUUCGGCCCUUGCUGAUGCACAGUGCAGAAUUAUGUUACUUGAAGAUAUGGUAGCUUCAAAGGAACAAGAAAAUGAGGCACUGAUGCAAGCACUUGAUGAAGAAGAAGGUCAAAUGGAGGAUAUGUCAGCCAAGAUUGGAGAACUGGAAGGAGUUCUGGUGCAAAAAAUUAAAGAUGUGGAGAUCCUUGAAGUUUCACGUGGUAAGGCUCUGAAAAAGCUUUCUGUGACACUAAGUAAGUUUGAUGAGCUCCACCAUCUAUCUGAAAACCUGCUCUCCGAGAUCGAGUCACUACAGUCACAAGUACAUGAGCGGGAUGAGGAAAUAUCAUUUUUGCGGCAGGAGGUUACUAGAUGCACAAAUGAUGCACUAGCUUUAAGUCAGACAAGCAACAAACAAAAUUGUGAUGAAGUUUAUGAUUUGGUUACAUGGUUAGACAAGACAAUAUCUGGUCUACAAGGGAAUGAUUCAAUUCUUGAUAAGGAGAAGGUUCACCAUUUCCACGAAUAUCAAGAAAGUCUACAGAAGCAACUCAUGUCUAUUGUGUCGGAAGUGGAGGGCUUACGUGCCGCAACACAAAGUAAAGAUCUGCUUUUGCAAAUGGAGAAAGCUAAAGUAGAUGAACUGUUGCAAAAUAAAGAUAUUCUCGAAAAGUCCUUACACGAGAAGGAUUCUCAAUUGGCCAUACUAAGAGAUGUUGGAGAGCCGGGACAUGUACCCAGCACAAGCUCUGAGAUUGUGGAAAUUGAAGCACUGAAUAACAAGUGGGUCACACCUGGAUCAUUAGUCACUUCUCAAGUUCGCAGUUUGCGGAAAACCAAUAAUGAUCACAUUGCCAUUGCUGUAGAUGAGAAUCCUGUCGGUGUGGAGUUGGAAGAUGAAGAUGAUGAUAAGGCACAUGGUUUCAAGUCUCUAACAACCUCAAGGAUGGUACCAAGAUUUACAAGACCAUUGACUAACAUGGUAGACGGUUUAUGGGUAUCAUGUGAUCGAGCUCUAAUGCGACAACCUGCUUUGCGGCUCGGUCUCAUAUUUUAUUGGGCUAUUGUACAUGCUCUUCUUGCAACCUUUGCCGUGUGAGAAAUCGUGCAGGCUCCUGUCUUGUUUUUAUCAUGGCAGCAGUGGAUCCCAAACACUUUGUUUUUCUGUGUACCGUCAAAUGUAUUUUGCUGUGAUCAAAUGUGGUGGUGGCUUACCAAUUGCAUUGUUUUAAACAUCCUUUCUGAGUCGCAAUGUCCAAAUCACAGGUUCUUUCUUUCUUCCAAUCCAACAAGCAAACCCAUAGCUGUAGGCAUAGAAGGAUAUUUGUUUAUCUGAAAUAUAACUAUAUAAGUAUAUCUAUAUAGCCAUAGUUUUUUAUACACAAUCUGUGAGGAAUGGGGUUUGUGUCAUUGUGUGAAAUGGAAUCUGUAAUUUUGUUGUUCUAUUAUCACUUCCAUGAGCUCCAUCCUAUUGAAUAGGUAGACUGAAUUUCAUUACAUUUGCUCGUGGAGAUUAUGUAAUUUAGUAGAGGAAUGAAUAAAAAGUACAAAAAUUU